AUGAGUAAAAAUUUAACCAAAUAUCGUUGCCACAAUUUCUACACAAACAUAUAUCCAUUUGCCUACCCAAGUUACAAUUCAAACACACAUCACUGCUAUCAUGGAAAAAUUUACCUGAAGACGUACUAUCGUUAUUGUGGAAAAUAUCUUUAUGACAUCCGAACACAUUUCUGCUUCAAAGGAAAAUCUCAUCCAUCAAGCCUCUACAGAGCAUGCGGAAACAACCUUUGCAAGAGAAAAAAGCAAUUUUGCUUCAAAGGAAAAUGUUACCUUAGAUCUUCCUUUUCCAUCUGUGGUUGGAACGUCUGUCACAAAAGAUCCGAAUUAUGUUUCAAAGGAAAGUGCUACCUUAGAAAAUACUAUGCUAUCUGUGGAUACAAUGUUUGCAACAAAGACAAAUGUUUCUUUUUCCGCAACAAGUGUUAUCUCAGAACCAAGUAUUUCAUCUGCGCUAAUCAACGUGUAUGCAAAUUUCACACCGACUUCUGCUUAAAGGGAAUCUACUACAACCAAAGAUGGUACAAGAUUUGUGGACAUCAUGUAUGCAGCCUUCACUCCCAAUUCUGCUUCAAGGGAAAAUACUACCAAACUAGCAAAUAUUUUAUUUGCCACAAUCAACGCGUAUGCAGCCGACACACACUGAUUUAUGCUUCAAGGGACAAUGCUACAACACGAGAUUGUACAGAAUCUGCGGGCACAAUAUUUGCAACUUAUACUCUCAAUUUUGGAAAUCCAAGUACUUCGUUUGUGGAAACCAACUCGUAUGCGAUCGAUACACUCAGUUUUGUCACAAAUACAACUGCUACACAUGCUGUUUGUGGAAAACGAAUCUAUGUCCAGAAGUACUACUGGUGUCAUGGAGGAUUACUUUACAAGAAAGCACUCUAUGAUUACUGUGGAAAAGCCAUCUACCACAAAACCCAAUACCUAUGCCACUGGGGAAAAGCUGUUCCAAACAAGCCAUAUUAAGAACUGUUUGAUAUUUUUUGUGUAAAGGUGUUUGUAUAAAUGUAUAUAAAAUAGAACAUUAAAUACUAAUUCUAUAUAUUUUUUGGCUCUUUUUGUAGCAACAUAAAAAAUUAGCAACAAUUGUGAAACAGCUGUACUACACUUAUACAACAAUUGUUGUUAUCAUUGAAAUGUAACUACAUUGUGUGCAUCAAUUCCUCAACCACUGAUGCAUAAUUAUUACUGACUUUAAUAGAAAUCAGCUUAACGUGUAGGGUGCAAGUAUUUAAAAGGACGGAAUAAAAGGAAUGCUGCAGAGAUUUACAAACAAGCGUUUUAGUCAUUGUUUUUAUAUUUAAAUUUGUCUAAAUAUUCUUUGUUCUAUUCAUUAAGAACUUUCAUUGAUUAGAAGCGGAUACUCUACAAAGCAGCAUUUUGUCAAGGAAAUAUGGCUCCCUAUGUCAGUAAAAUAUGAAUUUAUUAAUAUUUUUAUGUAGCCAUAUUUUGUAUGUACAAUACAAUACUGGUCUGUCAAAUUCAACAAUGAUUUCAUAGUCGUUCGGAAACAAAUGGAGGAAAGGGUGAUUGACACAAAUACAAAACAUGCUUUGCUGAUAAAGCAUUCAAAAUGGAGAUCAAGAAUGAAUCAGCUUUUUUUUAACUUUUGAAAGCAUUUCUCGUUUUAAGAUAAAGGGAUAUGUAAGUAAAGUUACAAAUAAAACAAUUAAGUUACAAUGUUUCAAUUAUAAAUGAGAAUAAUACACAAGCGUCAACUAGCUAGCUAUCAUCCAAUACAAAAAAUAUGAAUAAGAAGAAUCUUCCCUUGUCCUAGCAGCUGGGCUUGUGAUGAUUGUUGUCACG